AUGAUAUGCGUGGCGUUACAAACCAAGUUUGCAACGUACCCCGUUGUGGAACGUGUGGUACGCAGGUGUGGUGCUGUAAGUCAGCCUGAUAACCAGAGUGACCCUGGAUUAGAGCGUGUGGAUUUUGGUGGCUCUCCUGCUCCCUCAUGGACCAUUUCUUCCUGCAGAUACCUGCUGGAGUUGGGCUGCAUCACCUGCUACCACCUGCUCACAGUCAGAGAUGCCCAGAAAGGGCUGGAGAGAUCCUGUCUGAGAGCGGGCGGGAAGCCAGAAGGAGACAGGGCAGGAGGGGAGGCCAGGGGGAGUCAUCAGGGCUGGCAGGAGGCCAGGGGGAGUCAUCAGGGCUGGCAAGAGGCUAGGGGGAGUCAUCAGGGUAGGCAGGAGGCCAGGGGGAGUCAUCAGGGUAGGCAGGAGGCCAAGGGGGAGUCAUCAGGGCUGGCAGGAGGCCAAGGGGGAGUCAUCAGGGCUGGCAGAAGGCCAGGGGGAGUCAUCAGGGUAGGCAGGAGGCCAGGGGGAGUCAUAAGGGCUGGCAGGAGGCCAAGGGGGAGUCAUCAGGGCUGGCAGGAGGCCAGGGGGAGUCAUCAGGGCUGGCAGGAGGCCAGGGGGAGUCAUCAGGGCUGGCAGGAGGCCAGGGGGAGUCAUCAGGGUAGGCAGGAGGCCAAGGGGGAGUCAUCAGGGCUGGCAGGAGGCCAGGGGGAGUCAUCAGGGCUGGCAGGAGGCCAAGGGGGAGUCAUCAGGGCUGGCAGGAGGCCAGGGGGAGUCAUCAGGGCUGGCAGGAGGCCAGGGGGAGUCAUCAGGGCUGGCAGGAGGCCAGGGGGAGUCAUCAGGGCUGGCAGGAGAUUCAUAGUGGAGGGAGCAGCUGCCAGAAUCGCUGCUCUGUCUCUUUAAAAACAGCGGCCGGUGUCCGGCCCACCGGCCAUCAGUGAACGCCGAGGGGGAGCAGGGCGACACUA